AGUUGGGUUGUCGGGCCAGAUACAAAUAGCAAGGUUCCCCAGGUCCUUCUGCAUUCCCCCCAACCAUUCCAAACACAUCACAUCCCCAAUCUACUGGGCAGUCAUCUCUUGACCUCAUUGUUCGGGUCAUAUCACAUCAUCCACUACUGUUGUCUCACCUCACGCACACACCAUGGUCCGCGCUGUCGUGAAGCGGCCGGAGAACGAGGCCGGCUCGGCCUGGCCCGCCAUCGCCGUCGGUGCCUUCGUUGCCUUCGGCGGUGUCCUGUUCGGCUAUGACACGGGCACCAUCAGCGGUAUUCUGGCCAUGGACUUCUGGAAGAAGCAGUUCUCCACUGGCUGGGUGGACGCCAAGGGCAACCCCGGCGUCUCUCCUUCCGAGGAGGCCGCCGUCGUGUCGAUCCUCUCUGCCGGCACCUUCUUCGGUGCUCUCCUCUCGCCUCUGUUUGCCGAUACCAUCGGCCGUCGCUGGGCCCUGAUCGCCUCUUCCUGGGUCUUCAACCUGGGUGUCAUCCUCCAGACUGCCGCCACCUCUCUGCCACUCUUCCUUGCCGGCCGCUUCUUCGCCGGUCUCGGCGUCGGUCUGAUUUCUGCCCUCAUCCCCCUGUACCAGUCCGAGACGGCUCCCAAGUGGAUCCGCGGUGCAAUCGUCGGCGCCUACCAGCUGUCCAUCACCAUCGGCCUGCUCCUCGCCGCCGUCGUCAACAACGCGACGCAUCUGCACACCGACACGGGCUCGUACCGCAUCCCCAUCGCCGUGCAGUUCGCCUGGUCCAUCAUCCUCAUCGUCGGCAUGCUUCUCCUGCCCGACACCCCGCGUUUCCUCAUCAAGAAGGGCAAGGUCGAGGAGGCCAAGGCUUCUCUCGGCAAGCUCCGCCGCCUGCCGGCGGACCACCCCGCUGUCGACGACGAGAUCGCCGAGAUCAAGGCCAACCACGACUUCGAGAUGAGCCUCGGCAGCGCCAGCUACCUCGACUGCUUCAGCGGCCCCAUGCUCAAGCGCCAGCUCACCGGCAUGGGUCUCCAGGCUCUGCAGCAGCUGACGGGCGUCAACUUCAUCUUCUACUAUGGCACCAAGUACUUUGAGAACUCGGGUCUCAACCAGCCAUUCGUCAUCUCCAUGAUCACCUCGGUCAUCAACGUCGUCUCGACCCUCCCCGGUCUCUGGGCCGUCGACAGGCUGGGCCGCCGCGCUCUGCUACUUGGUGGUGCCAUCGGCAUGACUGUCAGCCAGUUCCUCGUUGCGAUGCUUGGAACCCUGACCACGGGCCAGGACGCCGAGGGCAAGAUCAUCGUCUUCAACGCGGAUGCCCAGAAGGCCGGCGUCGCCUUUGUCUGCAUCUACAUCUUCUUCUUCGCCUCCACCUGGGGCCCUCUCGCCUGGGUCGUUACGGGCGAGAUCUUCCCGCUCAAGCACCGCGCCAAGGGCCUGUCCAUCACCACCGCCACCAACUGGCUGCUAAACUGGGCCAUCGCCUACUCGACCCCCUACCUGGUCAACUACGGCGCCGGCUACGCCAACCUGCAGUCCAAGAUCUUCUUCGUCUGGUUCGCCUGCUGCUUCCUGUGCAUCGCCUUUGUCUACUUCUUCAUCUACGAGACCAAGGGCCUCUCGCUCGAGGAGGUCGACAUGAUGUACUCGGAGUGCAAUUCGGCCCCCAAGUCGGUCGACUGGGAGCCCACGGGCGACUUCAGGCACCGCGCCGGCGCCGAGUCGGCCGCCCACGAGAAGACUGGCGCCGAGGCCAGCAGCGACCACGGCGCCGACCACGCCGAGACCACCGGCGCCUCCCGGGCCUAAGGGGCUUGUUGACGGCAAUCCCCAUGACAUCCUCGCUGCCUUGUCGAUGACGGGCGGAGGUCUACGAAAUGUUGAUGACGUCUUCUCCUUCUAAUGUAACUAUUUGGCUUUCAUGCUUUUAUCCCUUUGGUCUUUUCUUUUUGUAUUUUGGUUGUGGCGCUUGGCUGCCUAGAUACCAGCGGAUACCGCACUUUUUGCCUUUGGACGUUUUCGGCCCGUUGGGGUGUAGAUGCCAAGGUGUAAUGCAAUAAAGCGGCCUACUAUGGCUAGACAUUUAAAUAAUCUGUAUUCAUGAUGGCUCCAUGUCCUUGCCAGCUGA